AUGGAUCAAUUAGCUUUAUUUUUUGCAAAUGACAUAUCGUCAGAGAGUGUGCAUUCGAAUGAAAUUUUCCAUAAUUCAGGAUCCUCUAAUAUCCUGGAAGGCAUUUCAACUACCAAAGCGCUUAAUCAAACAUCUAUUAUUAAGAAUAAUUCUCUGCCUUGUAUGGCCAAAUCUCAAUUAGCAACCGUUCUCACUCAAUCGCAUAGCUUUCCCGGAUCAAGAAAGCUGCCCUUUGACUUGCCUCCGGAACCGGAAGAAGGAAAUAUUGAAUAUAAACUCAAGUUAAUCAAUCCUACUGCCGAUCGAUUGGAGCAUUUAAUGACUCAAAUGAAAUGGAGACUUAAUGAGGGUAGAGGUCAAGCAAUUUAUCGGUUAGGUGUCGAUGAUUGUGGUUCAGUUACCGGUCUAACUGCGCGUGAGAUGUCAGCAUCUCUUCAAACUGUCUAUAGAAUGGCUGAAAAAUUGGGUGUCAAUAUUUGCCUUUUACGCGAGUGUACUCUAUCAUCUCCCGACGGGAGCUCAGCGUCAUCUCCUCAAAGGAAGGCAAUAGAGCUUCAAGCUAAAUGGAAGGUUUCUAUCAACCAAGGUAUUCCAGAUAUGCGAGUUGCAAUGCUUGGCAGUGUCGAUGUAGGGAAAUCAACGCUUCUUGGAAUCCUAACGGAAGGUAUUAUGGACGAUGGAAGAGGAAGAGCUCGUUUGAACAUUUUUUGCCAUCUCCACGAAGUUCAGUCUGGCCGAACGAGUAGCCUCAGUUCAGAAGUUAUUGGAUUUGACACCUCUGGCCGCCUAAUUAAUCGACGGCGCUUAAAGGAGCAAUUAAAUAAACGUACAAUUGACGAGGUUAUACGCAAUUCCAACCGCCUAAUUACUUUCAUUGAUUUGGCGGGUCACUUCAAGUACCAGCGUACAACAUUUUCUGGUCUGACCACUUAUCAACCAACCCUCUGCCUCUUUGUUGUUUCCGCAACAGUAGGACUUUCUGUAGACGGUCUAUCCCAUGCUCGCACUGCCGCUGCACUUGGCCUACCAAUUGCUGUAGUUAUUUCUAAGCUCGAUCUUGUUCUGGAUACUCCAUACAUUGGAGCACAGUCGAAAAUAUCUGUCACUUCGGUGGCUGACUUUCAUGAUGGAGAAGAUGUUUACAGUUCUGUCAUUGCUCAGCUUCGGGGAAAAAUUCUGGAGGUCUUAAAAACUAUCAAAAUUUAUACCACAGGUGCUGAUGGAAUAAGUCCUAACGCCACUGGUUGUAGUUGCUACGGCGAGGAUAUGCCAGUGUUCGCAGUAUCGUGCGUUUCCGGCUAUGGCAUGAAUAAUCUUCUGAAUUUCCUUCACGAGGUCUCCAAUCCUCAUCAAAAGAUCCUUGAAUUGGCCUCAGUCCUUAGGACACCACCAGUGAGCAAUGAUGCUCAAUCAAUUCUAAUUAAAGGUUUUGUUGAAUGUUGGGUGACAAGGGUUUUCAGCAAUGUUCCGGGUGCUGGAAAUCCUGUUCUCGAGAUCGUCGUUAGAAAUGGAGAAGUUCACAAUGGCCAACGACUUUGGCUGGGUCCUGAUGAGGUCAGGGUUCUUUUUAUAUCCCCGUGUCGCUAA